AUGGCCUCGCUGGACCUGCCCUACCGCUGCCCCCGCUGCGGGGAGCACAAGCGCUUCCGGAGCCUGUCGUCGCUGCGCGCGCACCUGGAGUACAGCCACACGUACGAGACGCUCUACAUCCUCUCCAAGACCAACAGCAUUUGCGACGGCGCCGCGGCGGCCGCGGCUGCCGCCGCCGCCGCCGCCUCCGGCUUCCCUCUGGCGCCUGAGCCUGCCGCCCUGCUGGCCGUGCCAGGCGCCCGGCGCGAGGUCUUCGAGAGCACGUCCUUCCAGGGCAAGGAGCAGGCGGCCGGGCCGUCCCCCGCGGCGCCACACCUGCUGCACCACCAUCACCACCACGCACCCCUCGCCCACUUCCCUGGCGACCUGGUGCCCGCCAGCCUGCCCUGCGAGGAGCUGGCUGAGCCGGGCCUCGUGCCCGCCGCCGCCGCGCGCUACGCGCUCCGCGAGAUCGAGAUCCCGCUGGGGGAGCUAUUCGCCCGCAAGUCCGUGGCCUCCUCGGCGUGCUCGACGCCGCCGCCCGGGCCUGGCCCCGGGCCCGCCUCUGCCUCGCCCGCGUCUCCCUCGCCCGCCGAUGUGGCUUACGAAGAGGGCCUGGCUCGCCUCAAGAUCCGAGCGCUGGAGAAGCUGGAGGUGGACCGACGGCUGGAGCGGCUGAGCGAGGAGGUGGAGCAGAAAAUCGCGGGCCAGGUGGGCCGGCUUCAGGCCGAGCUGGAGCGCAAGGCGGCGGAGCUGGAGACUGCGCGGCAGGAGAGCGCGCGGCUGGGGCGCGAGAAGGAGGAGCUGGAGGAGCGUGCUUCCGAGCUCUCGCGCCAGGUGGACGUGAGUGUGGAGCUGCUGGCCUCGCUCAAGCAGGACCUGGUGCACAAGGAACAGGAGCUGAGCCGCAAGCAGCAGGAGGUGGUGCAGAUUGACCAGUUCCUGAAGGAGACAGCGGCGCGGGAGGCCAGCGCCAAGCUGCGGCUGCAGCAGUUCAUCGAGGAGCUCCUCGAGCGGGCCGACCGCGCCGAGCGGCAGCUGCAGGUCAUCAGCAGCAGCUGUGGCAGCACUCCCAGUGCCAGCCUGGGCCGCGGAGGUGGGGGAAGUGGUGCUGGGCCCAGUACCCGGGGCCCAGGCAGGACGCGAGAACACCACGCGGGCCUGGCCAUGCCUAGCACGUACGCGGUGUCACGGCAUGGCUCUUCUCCCAGCACAGGGGCCUGCAGUCGCAUCCCAGCUGCAUCCCAGAGCUCAGGCUGCUAUGACAGUGACAGUCUGGAGCUGCCCCGGCCAGAAGAGGGGGCCCCUGAGGACAGUGGCCCCGGGGGCUUGGGCACACGGGUCCAGGCUGCCAACGGCGGCUUGGAGCGGGCCCAGCCCCCUCGCAGCUCAGGCCUGCGGCGCCAGGCCAUCCAGAACUGGCAGCGCAGACCUCGCCGACACAGCACGGAGGGGGAGGAAGGUGACGUCUCGGAUGUGGGCUCCCGAACCACCGAGUCAGAGGCUGAGGGCCCUUCGGAUGCCCCCCGCCCUGGGCCUGCUAUGGCUGGGCCGUUGAGCAGCUGCCGGCUCUCUGCCCGCCCUGAGGGAGGCAGUGGGCGGGGUCGGCGAGCUGAGAGGGGCAGCCCCUCACGCUCCAAUGAGGUCAUCAGCCCGGAGAUCCUCAAGAUGCGAGCCGCCCUGUUCUGCAUCUUCACCUACCUGGACACGCGCACACUGCUACAUGCCGCCGAGGUCUGCCGGGACUGGCGCUUCGUGGCCCGCCACCCUGCCGUCUGGACACGGGUGCUGCUUGAGAAUGCCCGCGUCUCUUCCAAGUUCUUGGCAAUGCUGGCUCAGUGGUGCACCCAGGCCCACUCGCUGACACUGCAGAACCUGAAGCCCCGGCAGCGGGGCAAGAAGGAGAGCAAAGAGGAGUAUGCCCGGAGUACCCGGGGCUGUCUGGAAGCAGGGCUAGAGUCUCUGCUGAAGGCGGCUGGGGGGAAUCUGCUGAUCCUGCGCAUCUCCCACUGCCCCAACGUCCUCACUGACCGUUCGCUCUGGCUGGCCAGCUGCUACUGCCGCGCCCUGCAGGCUGUCACCUACAGAAGCGCCACAGACCCGGUGGGCCAUGAGGUCAUUUGGGCCCUGGGCGCAGGCUGCAGAGAGAUUGUCUCCCUCCAGGUGGCGCCACUUCACCCCUGCCAGCAGCCCACACGCUUCAGUAACCGCUGCCUACAGAUGAUCGGUCGCUGUUGGCCCCACCUCCGGGCCCUGGGGGUCGGGGGUGCCGGCUGUGGGGUGCAGGGCCUGGCAUCACUCGCGAGAAACUGCAUGCGACUGCAGGUCCUGGAGCUGGACCACGUGUCGGAGAUCACCCAAGAGGUGGCGGCUGAGGUCUGCCGGGAAGGCCUGAAGGGACUGGAGAUGUUGGUGCUCACGGCCACCCCUGUCACCCCCAAGGCCCUACUGCAUUUCAACAGCAUCUGCCGGAACCUCAAGUCCAUUGUGGUCCAGAUUGGGAUUGCUGAUUAUUUCAAAGAGCCCAGCAGCCCUGAGGCCCAGAAGCUGUUUGAAGACAUGGUGACAAAACUCCAGGCCCUACGGCGGAGGCCCGGCUUCUCUAAGAUCCUGCACAUCAAGGUGGAAGGCGGCUGCUAA